AUGGCGGCUCAGGGAACAGGAGGGAGGGGAGGCAGGGUUGUCGGGGACUACAUGGUGGGUCGGCAAAUCGGGUCGGGUUCUUUCUCUGUGGUCUGGCUUGCUAGGCACCGGGUGCAUGGCACAGAAGUGGCGAUAAAGGAGAUUGUCACGGGUAGACUUAAUAAGAAGCUGCAGGACAGUCUCAUGUCGGAGAUCUUCAUCUUGAAGCGGAUUAAUCAUCCUAACAUAAUUUGCCUUCACGACAUUAUCGAGGUUCCCGGUAGGAUACACAUUGUAUUGGAAUACUGCAGAGGGGGCGAUCUAUCUAUGUAUAUCCAACGCCAUGGAAGAGUGCCAGAAGCACUUGCUAAGCAUUUUAUGCAACAAUUAGCUGCUGGCCUGCAACUUCUCCGUGAUAAUAAUCUCAUACAUAGGGAUUUAAAACCACAGAAUCUCCUGCUGUCCACCAAUGACAACAAUGCCAUACUAAAAAUUGCAGAUUUUGGGUUUGCUAGAUCUCUUCAACCAAGAGGCGUUGCUGAAACGUUGUGCGGUUCACCACUUUACAUGGCUCCAGAAAUAAUGCAACUUCAGAAGUAUGAUGCAAAGGCAGAUCUCUGGAGCGUUGGUGCCAUCUUAUUCCAACUUGUGACUGGGAAAACCCCAUUCACUGGGAGCAACCAAAUGCAGUUACUCCAGAAUAUCAUGAAAUCGACUGAAUUGCAAUUUCCACCAGAAGUUAAGUUGAGUGCUGAGUGCAGAGACUUAUGCCACAGAUUGCUGCGUCGAAAUCCAGUGGAACGGUUGACAUUUGAGGAGUUCUUUAACCACCCAUUUCUUUCUCAGAGGAGAGCUGAUGAACCAUUGAGGGCUCAGAGGCCUUCAAGAUUUGCAGAUGGCUUCUCGUCGUCUGAAACUAAUGCCAUUGGAAGAGGCAGUCCUCAGGAGGAUUGUCUGCCAUUUUUUCUGGACGAUGAUUCUAGUGGUCCUGAUAGGAAUCCUUCUUUCUCUACUAGGAAGCCAUCAAUCAAGACCACUUAUGGAUUUUCUCUUGAUGCUAGAAAUGAUGGAAGGGAUGCGACAUCUAAUGCCUUACAUGAUGUAGAUAUUAUAGCAUCAAGACAUGUCUCAGUCAGACACCAGUCUGGAAAUUCAAUAGCUAGGCCCACUAUCAAUAAACUUUUGGAUGAAAAUCAAAGUGAAACUCCAAAGACUACAGCAUCAAAGCCAGUGAGCAUCAUCAGACCGAGAGUCAUGGAUUCUCUAGAGUCAAUUGAUCAAGAUUAUGUUUUGGUUUCUGGACCACCUUUGGAUGUGUCUUCUUCUUUGGCUGGCAAUUCCAAACCUAGCCAAAUACCUUUUAGGUCUGAGAGUGCCCCUCUAACAUCUGUUCAUUUAGUACCAACAACAAGUGCUCCUGUCCCUAUAGUUGUUCCUAGCAAUCCCACUAGGCUUGCCCGCAAUGCAAGCAUCGAUAGUCCAGGCUCUGCUCCUGGCACUUCUCAAGGAUCUACUGAUAUAGGUGACGCUCUAGAGCAGCCAUCACCUGACUGCACGACCAGGAUAAAGUCUUUGAAGCAGUGCGCAUCAACCAUAACAGAACUUGUCCAAGAAAAGAUCGAAGGGGGCAGACAUUUGGAAGCAUUCUCAAUUCAGCUUGUCAUACUUGCAAUUUGGAAGCAAGCCCUGCAUAUAUGCCAUGCUCAGGCUGCUUCAGCCAUUGAAGGAAGUCCAAGCCAGGAAAGCAUAAGAUUGAUGAGGAGAAGCAACAGUAAGAUUAAACAUGGUACAUCAGAGAUGGAAUGUUGUUCUGAUGAUAUUGGGCCAGAGACAAUCACCACUCAAAUUGAGAGAGAAUUUCUCCGGGAGGUUGAGCAUGCUGAGGAACUUGCCAAUGCUAUUGAACCUGGAAGUAUAGAGAUGCCAGAUGCGCUGGAGACGAUUUUCCAGUCUGCCUUGGCUCUAGGAAGAAAUGGAGGGGUAGAUGAGCUAAUGGGAGACAUGGAAAGCGCAAGUUUGUUGUAUUCGAAAGCAGUGAGGUUGCUAGAGUUCCUUCUAGUUGAAGCACCUUCACUCAUUCUGAACCCUCCAUUUUCACUCACAAACUCGGACCGGUUCAGGCUUCGCAGUUACAUCGACAUCCUCAACAAUAGGCAGGGAUACUCUCAUUCUCAAAGGAUGGCCCUUCUGAAGUGCGAUUCGGACCAGCCGUCAUAG